AUGUCAAGCUUCGUCCCUGGUCAUUUUGGUGAAUACUCUCCACCUUUGGGAGAGGAGCCGAGCCACCCAGAAUGCCCCAAGGACCCAGGACAGACAAACCUUGUGAUUAGCAAAAUGCUACAAGUCGCUGUCAAUACAAUUCUGGCCACACUUUAUUUUGUCAUUACUCUGCUGUUUCAUUUCGCGACAGACUUCGUGCCAGACCCGCACAAUGAUACCCUCAAAGCCUUGGUUGUGGAGCCAAGCCUCCCAGAGCAACCCCAGGAUCCAAAGGAGAUACACUUCAGUGCAGUGCAACACGUCGUUAUUACUGCCAUUCACACGACUGAUCUCACUCUCGGUCUCCGACGUAUCCCCGCUGGCUUCCAUGUGGUGAUAAAGACAGGCGGUGCUGAAUGCCAGACGAGCAACAAACAUGUACAUGUAGACCAGGCUGUCGUCGAAUGGACCGAGCCCAUAAUUCUGCCGUGCGAUCCAUCUUCUAAAGUCCGGGUCAGCGUGUAUGCCUCAUUUGAAUUGGGUCCGAUGCUCGGUCACGGAGAAGUCCUCCGCACAUUCGAGAUCUCCGUCCGAGAAUUGCUGGAUCGCAGUGAAAGGUCACAUCCCAUACUCUUUCAGCCCAAGCAGGGGGAAGUCGUAUCUCCAUUUCUUUGCCCCAUGACUACUCUUACAUCAUGCGAUAUGGAUGCGUUAGUACUAAAGACGGAUGCCGGACAUCGUCUUCUCGUGCGAUACCGCAGGACGCAGAACAGUAGGGAUAUUGACCAAUCCAUUAACCACUUUGAACGCGCCUCGGAUCUCUGCCCCAUGGACCAUCCCUACCGCCCUGCAGCACUGCUCAAUCUAGCUACCGCAAAGUUUGUCAGUUGCCAAGCUGACGGAAGACACCUCGACCUCGACAUCCCUAUCAAUAUGUUUCAAGAUGCCCUUGAUUUGCGUCCCACUGAUCAUUUGGACCGAACCAUCACCCAGCUCCAUCUUGCCAUUGCUCUGCAAUCUUGCUUCGCGAAACGGGGAUUUCAAACAGAUGCUGAUGCAGCUAGAGAAUUACUGAGUAAAGUCCUCGAUGUCUGCCACACCAACAGUCACAUUUACAGAGCAGCUUUGAUUGCAAUCGAAACACCUGCUCUGUAUUCUGCUGAAAGCAUAGAUGGAAAUGAUCUUGGGCAAGAGCGGCCCGCCGCACCCAUGCUUCCGUUAUCGCCGGAUCAACUUGGUCAUCGAGCAGAGCAGUGUUUGCAGAAAGAUGAUCCCCGUGCCUUAGAUGAAGUGAUAUCCCUUCAUUAUGAUGCGCUGGGAUACUACAACACUGGGCAUGCUUUCCGAGGGCCAUUGCUGGGUAAUCUGUGUAUAAUGCUGCAAACUCGCUUCAAUCGUCGAGGCAAUGAGGAAGACUUGGACCAGGCUAUAGCACUUCAGAUGGAAGCGCUGGCUUUGUACCUGGUCAGUCACACAGAUCGGUCCAAGUUAUUAAAUGGUCUUGUGAAUCAACUCUCCUCCCCACUUUGGGCACCGAGGCAAUGA